CGCGCGAGGGUGGCAUGCGUGCAUGACGUCACCGCUCCAUGUCCCUUGCGCCAUUUUGGAAAGGGGGAGAGGAGGAAAAAAAUCACGGAUAAUUUGUGUGGUCUUGACGGAUCCUGAAGCCCCGGCAUUUCGCAGUCAUCGUGGAUGUUCACCGUUAACUCCGAGCCAGCCACGCGCGUCGUUUUGGGCAUCGGACGCGCCGUGUACAACAAAAAGCGCUGCUAAAUGAAGCAAUGGCGGGGGUUGCUGGAGGAAAUGAUUUUCAGUGGUGUUUCUCUCAAGUAAAAGGAGCGAUAGAUGAAGAUGUUGCGGAAGCUGACAUCAUCUCUACGGUUGAAUUCAACUAUUCCGGAGAGCUGCUCGCCACGGGAGACAAGGGAGGCAGAGUUGUGAUAUUUCAGCACGAGCAGGAGUCUAAAAAUCGUCCACACCUGCGUGGCGAGUACAACGUUUAUAGCACUUUUCAGAGUCACGAGCCUGAAUUUGACUAUUUGAAAAGUUUAGAAAUUGAGGAAAAAAUCAAUAAAAUUCGAUGGCUGCCCCAACAGAACGCUGCUCACUUUCUACUUUCAACAAACGAUAAAACUAUCAAAUUGUGGAAAAUAAGUGAACGAGACAAGCGAGCGGAAGGCUACAACCUGAAAUAUGAAGACGGUCGACUUAUAGACCCCUUUAGAAUCACGUCUUUACGGGUACCGGUGCUAAUGCCGAUGGAUCUCAUGGUAGAAGCCAGCCCGCGGAGGAUCUUUGCAAACGCGCACACCUAUCACAUUAAUUCCAUUUCUGUAAAUAGUGACCAUGAAACGUACCUCUCUGCAGAUGACCUAAGAAUAAAUUUAUGGCACUUGGAAAUCACAGACAGAAGUUUUAAUAUUGUAGACAUCAAGCCGGCAAAUAUGGAGGAGCUGACAGAAGUCAUCACGGCAGCCGAGUGCCACCCCCACCAAUGCAAUGUAUUUGUGUACAGCAGUAGCAAAGGCACGAUCCGGCUGUGCGACAUGCGAGCGGCGGCGCUCUGCGACCGCCACUCCAAGUUCUUCGAGGAGCCCGAGGAUCCGAGCAGCCGCUCCUUCUUCUCCGAGAUCAUCUCGUCCAUCUCAGACGUGAAGUUCAGUCACAGCGGGCGCUACAUGAUGACACGUGACUACCUCUCUGUCAAAGUUUGGGACCUCAACAUGGAGAAUCGGCCAGUGGAGACGUAUCAGGUCCACGAGUACCUUCGCAGCAAACUGUGCUCCCUGUAUGAAAACGACUGCAUCUUUGACAAGUUUGAGUGCUGCUGGAAUGGCAGUGACAGUGCCAUCAUGACGGGCUCGUACAACAACUUCUUCCGAAUGUUCGACCGCAAUACCCGGCGGGACGUCACGCUGGAGGCUUCCCGGGAAAGCAGCAAGCCGCGGGCCACGCUGAAGCCGCGCAAGGUGUCCACGGGCGGCAAGCGGAAGAAGGACGAGAUCAGCGUGGACAGCCUGGACUUCAACAAGAAGAUCCUGCACACGGCCUGGCACCCCAAAGAGAACGUGAUCGCCGUGGCCGCCACCAACAACUUGUACAUUUUCCAGGACAAGAUCAACUAGAAGAGCGCGGGGACGGGCUUUGGGCGUCCUUGUUGUAGUUCAGCCUACUACGUGUCUGUCUGUAAAAGAACAACAAGAAAAAAAACGGCCGCGUCGUCCUCCCGGUGAAGAAAUUUUCGAAAGCACGCGUCUACUUUUUGGGAGGCCGACCUGUAGGUCUGUUUUAUUUUGAAUCUAAGCUUAGGUUGUUUUUGGAUUUUUUUUUUUUUUUUUUUUUUUUUUUUUUGCCUUUUGGCAUCAGGGCAAUCAUCGCAACCCCCCCCCCCCCCCCCCCUGUCCCUCGCCCCAGUGACCCAGAAAGCCCAACCUGGAUCUCAUUGACGGAGGUCAAACUCUUGAACGUCGAUGUUUGUGUUGACAAUUUUAACCUUCGUUUCACCGUUUUAAAGGCUCGGAAGCUGACCCCCAUGCCCCCCCCCCCCCCCCCUCCCGCCACACAAGUGACGUCGUACCGCCGUCUGAAAGGUUUCCGAGCACCGAAGAGCGGAUUAACGGUUGGUUGGGCAGGGGGGGGGGUAAAAAAAGUCAAACUGUAACAUUCCUUCCCUCCCGUCGGCCGCAUAUCUGCUGGUGGAAGUGGCCGUGAAUCUGGAGAGCGGACUUUUUUUUUUUUUUUCUCUCUCCCUUUCUUUCCCCUUCUCGUACUUACGUUCUCCCUCCACCCAUCAAUACAGUGACCUGAUUUCACUGACUGUAUCUACUCAAGUACACCUUGUCAUCCACAUAAUAAAAAGAAACUAAAACGACAGAUGUGUUUUUAAAUUUCGAUGUAUAUUGCUUUGCAUGUUUUUAUGUUGUAGAGAUGGAACAUGUCCAGUCGCAGCACUGUUUUUUUUUUUUUUUUUGUAGAUUUCUAAUGAACUACCAUUUUGGGGCUACCAGUUCCACAACCACUGUUGGACACAACUAAGUGUGUGUGUGUCAAUGUGUGCGCGCGUGUGUGUGUGUUCCAAGUUCCUCUUGAUUUUAGAGCGCGUUUUAUUUUUUGGUUUUUUUGUGGGCCGGUAAAGCACAUGGGCACAAGACGGACAAAGGGAACCUGCAGCCUUAAUUCCGACUUUCUAUGAGUGACAGCUACAAGUUCCGACCCCCCUCCCAGCCCGAACCUCACGUGCAUUAUGAGUUAAUUCCGAUCUUUGACGCGUGAUGUCCACAUUAACGCCGCUGCUACGAAUACACAUUGCACCCAUACGCGUCGGCGAUAAGAGUGCCUCCCAAUCUUAGGAGUGUUGACAGCCCUCAUCCGUCUCCUUCCUAAUACGGGGAAGUUCCUCCGAAAAUUUAGACGUACGUUCAAAACGAAACACACAACGCAUUGUCUUUGUCCAUUGAUUCCUCAUAUGGUGGCAAUGUAUUCACUGGUUUUAUUAUUUUGACCAAAGUUCAAUAAAAUUUUAAUUGUGUUCA